UAAUUUUCCAAAUUAGUAUAGGUACGGUAGAAUUUUCCAAUAAAUACUAGUAUGUGACUGUUUCCCCUGGUACAAAACCUCGCUUGGCGUCUGUCCAUACAUUGAUACAUAAGACCAUUUCUAGUGGUUAAAGAUUAGGAGUCAAAAAAUUAAAAAUAGAACUUUUAGACUCUUAAUUGAGUAUAGUGGGGUGAUGAUACAUAAAACCAAUAUAGUCAUAGUCUUCACCGUAGUCCUGAUGGGUUAGUUCUUCAUCCCUCUCUUCAUAUUCAUCUUCCACUAUCAUGUUGUGCAUUAUAAUAAACAAACGUUGUCCAGCUUCUCGACCACGAUCUAUGUAAUCACGAGUGUUGGAGUUUGUUGCAACUAAAGAAGUCAUCAUAGCUGAUGGAUAGUCUACCCGGGGGUAUCUUAUCCGAGGGGUUAUUGUGGGAAUAACUAGAGAGAAGUCAGAGUAAAUAGGAGGAGAGAGAGUCGAUUUUAUUAAAUGAACUCGGCGUGUGGAGUGGAGAUGUAGAUGAUGUUUUACAAGGAGAAAUGGGUUGCUAUUUAUAGCAGCAAUAAAUGCGAUGAGAGGACACGUGUCAGUAAUCCAACGGCCGAAGGGUCACAUCAGUCUGGUGGCAUCGGCAGUGGUACGUCAACCGCAUUGAAUGCGGUUGGCGGAUGCGACGUGGCAUUAAAUGCGGUGGUUGGCUGUCUCCAAAAGGAAUCUUCGAUGAUUGAGCUUGUUCAGCCGAAGGCUCCUUGUUCAGCCGAAGGUUCCUUGUGUAGCCGAGGGCUCCUUGGUUCAGCCGAAGGCUUCCCCAGGUGCCGAGGGCAUGAGAAUGCCGAAGGCUUAUGUCCUCGCCCGUUUUCUCCCAGCAGCUUCUUAUGCCAGAGAAGGCUAUCUUGUGAGUUUUGGAGCCUUCGUCCAAGGAGGCCGAAGGCACCCCAGUGCGUAUUCUGGGCUACUUUGAGGCUUGGGCCGUUGUAUUCGGGCCUGAGUUGUUUCCUGAGCUCAACGGACUUGUGUAGGAGAAAUAGGAGUCUAUGGGCCGGGGGUCCCUGGGCCAUAUACUCCAUCAAUAGCCGUUCGCAUGAAUGGAUUGGUAAAAUGCGUGAAAUGAACUCAUUAUUUUCUAUGGGAGAAGUUAACGUGAGUUGUG